AUGGACCGCCCCAGCCCCACACACCCCCAACCUGCUCACCAUUCUUCUACAACCGCUGCCGCCGCCGCCCCCGCUGCUGCGGCCAAUACUACCGCUGCCGCUGUUACAGCUGCGACGACGGCCUCUUACUUAAAUAUUGCUUCCUCGCUCGUAUCCCCCGGCACGUAUCUCGCAAACCAGCGACCCGUGCCACAUCCAACCUACAGGCCUUCACCAGCGCGAGCAGCACCCGGUACAAUGGACAAACGACAACCACCCAACUCCUUUCAGCAGCUUGAGAAACUUGGCGAAGGAACUUAUGCUACCGUUCCUACCUCUCCAAUCACGACCCUUGCUAAAUAUGAUACUCGCGAACAGGUCUUCAAAGGGCGCAACCGCCAGACCGGUGAGUUGGUCGCGCUGAAGGAAAUCCACCUAGACUCCGAAGAAGGCACUCCAUCCACCGCCAUCCGAGAAAUAUCACUCAUGAAGGAACUAAAGCAUGAGAACAUCGUCUCCCUCUACGACGUUAUCCACACCGAGAACAAACUCAUGCUCGUCUUCGAGUUCAUGGACAAGGAUCUCAAGCGCUACAUGGACUCGCGCGGCGACCGCGGCCAACUCGACUACGUCACCAUCAAAUCCUUCAUGCAGCAGCUGCUGCGCGGCAUCGCCUUCUGCCAUGAAAACAGAGUCCUCCACCGCGAUCUCAAACCGCAGAACCUCCUCAUCAACACCAAGGGCCAGCUAAAGUUGGGCGAUUUUGGCCUCGCCCGCGCCUUCGGAAUACCCGUAAACACCUUCUCCAACGAAGUCGUCACCCUCUGGUACCGCGCCCCGGACGUCCUCCUGGGCAGCAGGACCUACAACACCAGCAUCGACAUCUGGUCUGCUGGCUGCAUCAUGGCAGAGAUGUAUACAGGGCGCCCUCUGUUCCCCGGCACGACAAAUGAGGACCAGCUUCAAAAGAUCUUCCGGCUAAUGGGCACUCCAUCCGAACGCUCCUGGCCCGGUAUCUCCCAGUUCCCCGAAUACAAACCCAACUUCCAAGUGUAUGCGACGCAGGAUCUCCGUCUGAUCCUACCACAGAUCGACCAGUUAGGAUUGGAUUUGUUGAAUCGCAUGUUGCAACUUCGUCCUGAAAUGCGCAUUAGCGCUGCUGAUGCGUUGCGCCAUCCCUGGUUUCAGGAUUUGAAUCAGUUGCAGGCUCAACAAGCUGCUGCACAGCAACAACAACAGCAACGACAACAGCAACAGCAGAUGUCGGCUAGUGGAUACGUGGCUCCGGGGCUUGGUUCGCAAGGUGGAUAUUGAGGGAUGGGUU